GGGUUUGAACCUAACGGCCACCGUACUGAAGGCGCCAGCUUCCCUCAGUCUAAAACCGCCAAAUUAGGAGCCUUCAGCCGUCGCAGAGCGCGCUCCAGCUCAUUUCUUUUGGAUAAAUAUUACAUCUCUGAACAUGCCUGCUGUUCCGAAGAGGCCCUGUCCAGUUCCUCUGGACGACUCCAUGAACAGCUCGAUGAACGACUCGAUGGAGAAGAGAAUAAAGCGCAUUUCAGUAGAAGGAAAUAUCGCUGCGGGUAAAUCCACCUUUGUGCGCCUUUUGGAGAAGGAGAGCUCAGACUGGGAGGUAGUACCAGAACCAAUCGCCAGGUGGUGCAAUGUCCAAACAUCAGGCAAUGACUUUGAGGAGCUGACUGUGUCCCAGAAAAGCGGAGGCAACAUUCUACAGAUGAUGUAUGAGAAGCCAGAGAGGUGGGCCUACACCUUCCAGAGCUACGCCUGCAUGAGCCGGGUGCGAGCCCAGAUGAAGUCGGCCAAUGGGAAGCUCAGAGAGGCCGAGGACCCGGUUCAGUUCUUUGAGCGGUCCAUUUACAGUGACAGAUACAUCUUUGCAGCCAACUUAUACGAGAGCGAAUGCCUUAAUGAAACGGAGUGGUCGGUGUACCAGGACUGGCACGGCUUCCUCCACAAACAGUUUGGGGAGCACAUUAAGUUGGAUGGUAUCAUCUACCUCAGAGCCUCACCUGAGAAAUGUUUGGAGAGAUUACGCCUGAGAGGCAGAGCGGAGGAGCAAGAUAUCCCUCUGGAGUAUCUGGAGAAACUCCACUUCAGGCACGAGAGCUGGCUGCAGAACAAAACCAUGAACACCGAGUUCGACUACCUCAAAGACAUCCCUGUGCUGACCAUAGAUGCGAAUGACGAUUUCAGAGAAAACGAUUUCAAGGGCGAUGGCAUGGUUGAAAAGGUGAAGGAGUUCUUGGGCACGUUGUAAAAAAAACACACCUCACCAGAUAAUGGGACAUCAAAUAUGAAAUAGAUUCAUGAAAUGUUUUUGAUGAUGGCACAUGUCCUUAUUUUGUUCUGUUAAUCAUUGACUAUGGAUUUUAUAGUUGUACUGCUUUGUUUUGUUUUUUUUACACUUUUUUAUAUUGUGUAUUUAUCUGGCUUCACCGUGUAAAAGCAUUGGUAAUUUGUCCAUAAAGAUGAUAAACUUGAAUGAAAUUUAUUCUUAUUGAGCUGACACAAAGUUGUGAAACAUAUUCAGUUUUUCAGUUAAAAUCCCAGAGAAGUGAUACUCAGGACGUUUGUGGCAAGUUUUAUACGUGGCCGGGUCAUAGCUUACCAGCAUCUCAUGCAUAAGAUAAAUAUUGUCCUUAUUUUUGAUUUAUCUUCGUUUUAUUUACUUGUGACUCAUGGAAAUAAAAUUGAAAACUGUUUCA